AGCCUAAUUCCGAGUCGGUCGGCGCCCUCGGCUACUAUUCGAUCAAUUCCGUCGUGCAUCGCCCGCUAUCCUGACGACAACACUUUCGAUCGAACCGAUUGACGUAGCCACCCGUCGCCAACCGCUUCGCACGGUGACGAGGUGCUUUCGAGCCCUCAGCCUACCUAGCUUCCGACAAUGAGAUUCCCGUCAGUCGCAACGUUGCUAGGCCUAGCCAGCCUGACAGCAGCGACUAAUAUUCUCCCCCGGAACUGGGACUCGAAUGACUACUACGUUCUCCAUCUCGAUUCACAAACAUCGCCCGCCGAGGUCGCGAGAAGCCUGGGGCUAUUACACGAGGGGCCCCUCGGCAAGCUCAAAGAUCACCACAUCUUUGCUGCCAGAAAGGCGGAACAUGACAUUGUGAAGAGAGAAUUGACCUCUCGGCGCCGGCGCCGGCGGUCGCUGGGCGACCGCAGUGUUCUAGAUGGUGUUCUCUUUUCCCAGAAGCAGGAGCUGCGAAAGCCCUGGGACAAGCGCGUUGUGCCCGUCCAGCACGGCCCGUCCCUCCGAACCGUUCAUAAGAGGACCGAAACAGUGGAUUCUGCAGCCCAGAAGAAGAUCUCGCAAGUCGCCACAGCCCUCGACAUCAGAGAUCCAAUCUUCCUGGAGCAAUGGCAUCUCUUCAACUCGGUCCAGGUUGGCCACGAUGUUAAUGUCACGGAUGUGUGGCUGCAGGGCAUCACGGGGAAAAAUGCCACUGUCGCCAUAGUUGACGACGGCUUGGACAUGUACAGCGAUGAUCUAAAGGCCAACUACUAUGCGGCUGGGUCGUACGACUUUAACGAGCAUACAGAAGAGCCCAAACCUCGCCUGUCUGACGACAAGCACGGCACGCGAUGUGCCGGCGAGGUCUCGGCCGUUAAGAACGACGUUUGCGGCGUCGGCGUCGCAUACGAUUCCAAGAUCGCAGGCCUCCGUAUCCUGUCCAAGGUCAUAUCCGAUGCCGACGAGGCAGUCGCCAUGAACUACGAUUAUCAACACAAUCAGAUCUACUCGUGCUCGUGGGGCCCACCGGACGAUGGGCGAAGCAUGGACGCUCCCGGGAUCCUCAUCCGCAGAGCCAUGGUCAAUGCAGUCCAGAACGGCCGGGGUGGCCUUGGCUCUAUAUAUGUGUUUGCCAGCGGAAACGGCGCCAUGAGUGAGGACAACUGCAACUUCGAUGGCUACACCAACAGUAUCUACAGCAUCACGGUUGGCGCCAUAGACAGGAAGGGCCAGCACCCGUACUAUUCUGAGAAGUGCUCUGCAGGACUGGUUGUCACGUAUUCAAGCGGCGCCGGCGACGCAAUUCACACCACCGAUGUCGGCACCAAUGCUUGCUACAGUGGCCAUGGUGGUACUUCAGCGGCUGCCCCGCUUGCGGCAGGCAUCUUUGCACUUGUCUUACAGGUCCGGCCGGAUAUCACAUGGAGAGACAUGCAGUACCUCGCUAUGGGCACUGCGGUGCCAAUAAACCUCGAUACCGAUGAAUGGCAGACUACUACAAUCGGGAAGAAGUACAGCCACACCUUUGGAUACGGCAAAAUCGACAGCUAUGCCAUCGUGGAAGCUUCUAAGACGUGGAAAAAUGUCAAACCGCAAGCCUGGUAUUUCUCUCCCUGGAUUCAUGUGAAAGAGGCUAUUCCUCAAGGAGACAAGGGGAUCAUCGUAAGCUUCGAGGUUACAGAAGACAUGCUCAAAAACGCAAACUUCGAACGAGUGGAGCAUGUAACAGUCACCAUGAACAUCGAACACGGGCGUCGGGGUGAUAUCAGCGUUGAUCUCAUCAGCCCCAACAAGAUAGUCAGCCAUCUCUCGACAACACGCAAGUUUGACGACUCACCAGAUGGCUAUGAUGAUUGGACAUUUAUGAGUGUUGUGCACUGGGGCGAAUCCGGCUUCGGCACUUGGACGAUUGUUGUAAAGGACACCAAUGUCAACCAGUUCAGCGGCACGUUUGUCGACUGGCACUUGAAGCUGUGGGGAGAAGCCAAAGAUGCGUCUAAGGCCACAAAUCUGCCUAUGCCUACCGAGGAAGACGACGACAACCAUGCGGACAUCGCCACCACGACUCUGCCUGCAAGUGUGACGACGGUGGUGCCGGACCCAGUAGCUGCUGACCCCAAGAUAACAGCAACCCCCUCAGACCACCCAGAGCGCCCAGUCAAUAGCAAGCCGACAGAGAGUCCAGAGGUUCCUACACUGGACGAGCAAAUUACUCAGCCGAGCAACAGCACCUGGCUUCCCUCGUUCCUCCCAACCUUUGGCGUUUCGGCAAGCACACAGGCCUGGAUCUACGGCUCCGCAGUGCUGAUCGUCGUCUUCUGCUGCGGUCUCGGCAUCUACCUGUGGAUGGCCCGCCGCAAGCGUCUGCGCAAUGACGAGCGCAACAACUACGAAUUUGAGCUCCUGGACGAGGAGGAGGCUGAGGGUCUAGCUGGCAACGGCGAGAAGGGCGGGCUGGCUAGGGCCAAGGGCAGCAGAAGAACACGUGGCGGCGAGCUGUACGAUGCGUUUGCCGGCGGCAGCGAUGACGACGAAGAUGACGAUGAUGAUUUUGGCGGCGCAACGGAGUACCGUGACCAGGCUGAAGUGAGUACUCGCGAGAAGCGGGGGGUCCACGGUGAUAGAGGGAUGGGGGUUGCCGGUGGCGAUGACGAUGAAGAGCAUCAUGUUGUGGGAGAAGACGAUGAUGACGACGAGGAAGACCGGGAUGACGACGGGGAGGAGGCGACGCCAUUCCAUUCUAGAGGUAGUAGUAGGCGGUGAAAAAGCCACAUAAUCUUUGUUUUUGUUUUUGCUUAGGGUUGGCAAGUCUCUACAUGUAUUUUUUUGGGUCUAUCAUUGGCUCUCUAGGGGUGUAGACUUGAUAGGAAUGCUCUGCAUUUAAAAGCGAGAGGAAAACAACCAUCAUAUCAUAUAAUCCCGGCGCUCGGGGCGUGCGGGGAGCGGGAAGGGGGCAGGGGACAAUCUUUUUUGACUAAGCUCGU